AUGAAUGUACUCUUUGAGAAAGUGACACUCACUUCAAGGGCUAUUUGCAACUCACAACGUUCCCAGAUCGACAAAGAUGUGAGGCGCCUGUGCCCCGAUAUCUCGUUCUUUCAACAGCCCACAGAGUAUCCCUGUGACAUUGUGGUGCACAGUAAAGGCGAGCACGGGUGGCGGCUUCACGAACGGGUAGUGCCCACGGUGCUCAGCUCGGCGAACGUCGAGCGCAAGGGCUUGGGCAUGACCAAGAUCAAUUUAAUCACAAAGCGUUCGGUGGAGACCUAUGCCGCCAUGGAGGACGGCCAGGAGGCCCACUGGGAGGUUGUGCAGCGCAUCCUAUUCAUCUACGCCAAGCUGAAUCCGGGCCAGGGGUACGUACAGGGCAUGAAUGAGAUUGUCGGACCCAUCUACUAUGUGAUGGCCUCGGAUCCGGAUCUCUCGUACCGUGCCCACGCGGAGGCAGACUGUUUCUUCUGCUUCACGGCUCUGAUGAGCGAGAUACGCGACUUCUUCAUCAAGACUUUGGACGAUGCGGAGGGUGGCAUAAAGUUCAUGAUGGGCCUGCUAUCCAACAUGCUGAAGACUAAAGAUAUAGACAUCUACGAGCAUCUGAAGAGCCAAGAGCUGCAUCCGCAGUACUAUAGCUUCAGGUGGCUCACCCUCCUGCUCUCGCAGGAGUUUCCACUGCCCGAUGUGCUGCGAAUUUGGGAUUCGGUAUUCUCGGACGAGCAGCGCUUUGAUUUUCUCAUCAAAAUCUGCUGGUCCAUGAUAUUAAUCCAAAGGGAAGCAAUUUUGGAGAACGACUUUGCCUCGAAUGUGAAGCUGCUGCAAAACUAUCCACCCAUUGACAUAAACGUUGUGAUUACUCAUGCAGUCUCCCUGGCGUAGCACUCACUUUUAGUGAUACCACAGAUAUUACAUAUAAUACCCGAUUCCGGGUAGAGUCUGACAAAGCAAUAAUCCACAGUGUCUAGUUAUCAUCUUCAAUAGUUCGAAGCCCAGGACCCAACAAAAGAUCGAACACUAGCUCUGUUUCUCUGUUUUAUACGUUAAAAUUUCAUAAUAAACGAAUGUGCCGCAUGUGUUUGUGUGGAGAUUACAACUGCGAAAACCUAUGUAAUAUAGAGUGAUCAUAGCUCAAGUGUAAUUUUGUGUUCAUGUGUGGCGUCGUCAAAAAAAC